AUGCUUCGCUACAGAGGUGUGAAACAAGCGUUGGAUGCGGUAUCCCGGCUGGAUGCCUUCCCAAAAGUUAAGGAAGAAUUUGUACAACCAACGAGAGUCGGCGGAACAUUGUCUCUGAUCAGCAGAUUGGUAAUAUUGUUUCUCAUCUAUCAUGAGGUAUCUUACUACAUGGACUCACGCUUGGUAUUCACAUUUGUUCCCGAUACUGACCUACAAUCAAAAUUGAAAGUGCACAUUGAUUUAACGGUUGCGAUGCCAUGCAAAUCGAUUGGAGCUGACAUUCUGGAUUCAACAAACCAAAACGUGUUCUCAUUCGGUAUAUUGCAAGAAGAAGACACGUGGUUCGAAUUAUGUCCUAGCCAACGUGUCCACUUCGAUUACAUGCAACACCACAAUUCAUACCUUCGUAACGAAUACCAUUCGAUUGCGGAGAUAUUAUACAAAUCAGAUCAUGCUGUUGUGUACAGCAUGCCAGAGCGCGUGGUCAUACCAGAGCGUCCCCACGAUGCAUGUCGUAUUCAUGGUGUGCUCACGUUAAACAAGGUUGCGGGAAAUUUCCAUAUUACCGUUGGUAAAAGUAUUCAUUUUUCACGCGGUCACAUACAUUUGAACAGUAUUUUCGCAAAUACGCCAACCAAUUUUUCCCAUCGCAUAAAUAGGUUCAGUUUCGGUGAUCAUACCGCCGGAAUAAUCCAUCCGCUCGAAGGGGAUGAGAAAAUGUUUGACAAUGGUCAAGUAAUGAUGCAGUAUUUCAUUGAAGUUGUACCGACCGAUGUAGAAAAGUUCUACUCACAUUCCAAAACCUAUCAAUACACAGUCCGAGAGAAUUUACAGCUUAUCGAUAUCGAUAAGGGAUUGCAAGGUGUUUCUGGGAUCUAUUUUAAAUACGAUAUGUCUGCCCUGCGGGUCUUAGUGCGACAGGAUCGAGAUAGUAUUGCUCAGUUUAUCGUGCGGCUCUCGUCGAUCAUUGCCGGCAUCGUCGUGAUAUCGGGCUUGUUGAGUAAGUGCAUGCAUCUCGUCGGUGAUUUAUGCUGCCAGCGAAGACGGGACACGCAAAUGCUGCAAUCAAGCACAAAGCACGCGAAGGGCUCGAUUUUGAUUAGUUGAAAAGUGGCAG